AUGGCUUCUACGGCAGAAAUAUCUAAUCAGUCAUACCCUGGCCAAGCGAAUAUCAUUGCCUAUCUCGACAGCGAGGAUCCGUCUAACUGGUCUUUUUCUGACUUCCUUUCCUCAAAUUUCGUUAUGAUCGUAAAUUCACCACCCGACACAAACGACGUUAAUGGUCUCACCGGCACUUGGUGGAAUCGUUUCAACCUUGAAGUAGAGGCCAAAGGUCAUAAAGCUGUUAAAAAUCGCCGUUCGGACGUCCAAAAAUUUUUUUACGAUGUAAUUUCUGCUCGAUUGGAGAUCACACGACAACAAAAUAUUGCGAUUUCAAAGUCAAAGGUUAAGAUUAUUGCAGACAAACAAGGUAUUGACCUUGUGGGAUCAUCGUGUGAAUUUUAUGGAUCCGAAAUAAAUUCAGAGUAUUCGAAUCGAAAUUUAAAUAACAAUGAACAUAUUAUUGGAAACAAUAAAAGGAAACGGCCAGCUGAGGAAGCCUCCCGCAUCAUCACUUCUCCUCCCAAUCUUCGACAACGUGAGCAGGAUGAGCCACGAACUCUGGAAAACAAGGUGGUUGUGUUUUUCCAUUGUUUUAAUGUAUAG